UCCUGCCCCCCACCCAUCAUCACGGCCUAGUCAGGAAGGGGGUCUCUGGGGGGUCCUGCCCUUCUACCACACCCUCCUGGCCUAGGCUGGCGUUGCUGGCUUGCCAGCAGUUGCAGCUGCCCUCUUAGGGCUGGGCGGGGGCCGGGGCGAGAGGGCAAGGCCAGGCGGGCCUGGACAGGCCAACCCCCCUCCCCAACAAGCUCCAGCAAGAAAGGUCAGAGGGAGGCCUUCUCCUCCUGGGAUGUGGGUGCCAAUCCCAACUGGAGCAUGUGGGCAACUGGCUUCCACUCCCUCUCCUGUUCUCAGUUUCUUCUUCUAUAAAAUGGGAGGAAAAUAUAUUCUACCUGCUGGGGAGAUUAAUGAGACCAGAUCAUGAGGUCCAGAGUGCCUAAAAACUUAGAUUACAGCCCCUCCCAGCUCUAGGGUCCCAACUGGCUCCUCACUCCCUCCAGGCCUCCCCAAACAAUGGGCCAAGGCACUCAGGACUGGGAUAUACAUUCCAGCCAGGAGAAGCAGCUGGGAACAGCCUACUGAGGUUGGGGGGCCCUUGGCCUGAUUUUGUGGGCCUCCUAGAAGGCUACCUAAAGCAGAUCCCUGGGCUAGUCUCUUGGACAGCCCCCUACUCUCACUCCCUGCCUCCCUGCCUUUCCUGCAGAGCUGGGGCCUUUAAAAGUUUUUUCCUCCCCCCUUUCCAAUCUGGAGCCACUGCCAUUAUUAAAAAGGAACACCAUGUGUUUUAAAAGGGAAAAGUGUGAGAUUCUCUGCAAGCAACGCAGGAGGGUGGCCUCCAUCCCGGGGUCCCCACAGGGGUCCUCAUCUCCCAUUCCACUAGUACCUGCAGACACUUUACAACCCACCCGCCUGCUGGUCAGGUGCUAGGACACACCGUAAGUAGAAACAUAUUGCCGAGGUGUGAGAAUCUUUUAUUUAAUUUCUUACCCCUUAAAGGAAAAAAACACACACACAACAACCACCCCCCACCACCACCACCUUCCCUGCUGCUCUACAGGCUGGGAAACAAAGCCUGUUGUGGAUGAUGGCACUCACAGGCACUGCCCACUGCCUCGCAGAGUCUUCGGGGGCCCCGGGUGUGGGGGUGGGGAGCCUGGGGCAGUUCCUCACCUGCCCAGGCACCCUGGGCAUGCUGGAUUUUCAGCAAGUGCCCCUAGCAAGUGCCAGGACCCUGCCCUUUCUAGAGGAGCACCACAGGGAAUCUGCAGAUAGUCCUUUGCAGUGUGGGGUGGCCUGGGCAGCAGUGUGUGCCCCCCAGGCAACUUAUGUACCCUGACGUGGUGUGUGGGUGUGGGGUGACCGUGAGUGUCCAGGGUAAGCAGUGCCUGCGUGAGGAAUGAGUGUGUGACCACGAAAGUGUGUAUGCCAGGGAUGGAAUGUGUGUGCGCCCCGAUGGUGUGCGAAUGUGCAUCUGGGAUGCAGUGUGCAAGCGUCUGAGGGCGAGGGUGACGGGCCACAAGCCAGUGAGUCUUUGUGUGUCUCUGGGUGUGUCCCAGAGCGGGUCUAGAUAGAGACGGUGUCCUGGCGGGUGUGUCGAUAGGAUGGGGGGAAAAGAGUGCCUGGAUACCAGGAGCUCUCAACGGAGUGGGGGUCUUGGCUUGACGGGCUGUGGGUUCCCGCCCUCCCCCCGCAGGCUGCGCCCGCGAUGCCCGGACUCGCUGGCUCCCGCUUCCUCUCCCUCUCACCCACUGGCUCACAAAGAUUUCUCUCGCUGGAGGCUCCCAGCCCGGCCCAGCCCGGCCAGGAACGGUUCGGAGCGCCCCCGGUGGAGGAGCUUGAGCAGGAGGACUCCUCUAAGUCCAGGAAUGAGUAUGACAGGGCCGUCUUCAUCAGUGCAUGUGAGCGAGGUUGCCGCCUCUUCUCCAUCUGCCGGUUUGUGGCCAGGAGCUCCAAACCCAAUGCCACACAGGCCGAGUGUGAAGCAGCCUGCGUGGAGGCCUACGUGAAGGAGACGGAGCAGCAGGCUUGCAGUGAGGGCUGCUGGAGCCAGAACCCAGAGCUGGAGCCUGAGCCAGAGUCUGAGCAGAAGAGAAAGGUCCUGGAAGCUCCAAGUGGGGCUCUCUCACUCCUGGACUUGUUUUCUACCCUCUGCAAUGACCUUGUCAACUCAGCCCAGGGCUUCGUCUCCUCCACCUGGACAUACUACCUGCAGACUGACAAUGGGAAGGUGGUAGUGUUCCAGACUCAGCCCGUGGUAGAGAGCCUGGGGCACCAGGGGGCCCGUUUGCAGCGAGUAGAGGUGACUUGGCGGGGAUCCCAUCCUGAGGCCUUGGAGGUGCAUGUGGACCCUGUAGGCCCCCUGGACAAGGUCAAGAAGGCCAAGAUUAGAGUCAAAACCAGCAGCAAGUCUAAGGUGGAGUCCGACGAGAUGCAAGACAACGACUUCCUCAGUUGCAUGUCCCGGCGCUCAGGGCUUCCUCGCUGGAUCCUGGCCUGCUGCCUCUUCCUCUCUGUGCUGGUGAUGCUGUGGCUGAGCUGCUCCACCCUGGUGACCGUGCCUGGCCAGCACCUGAAAUUCCAGCCCUUGACCUUGGAGCAACACAAGGGCUUCAUGGUAGAGCCAGACUGGCCUCUGUACCCUCCUCCGUCACACGCUUUUGGGGACAGUCCCCCACCCUACAAGCUGAAACUGGACCUGACAAAGCUGUAGGCCUCUCCUCUCAAGCACUGCCAAGUACAGGGGCUCCUCUGUGCUCAUUGCCCUGCACCCAAGGGUCUAGGCCUGGGUGGGACCAACCUUGGCCUCAUGAACCCCCGAAAUCCUUCUCUUUCCCUGGUCCCAUUUUUUACCCCUCUGGGUCCUGAGAUCACCAUGCCCCUAUCUGGGGGACAGGAUCUGGCCUUGGUUCCUCCCUGCCCCGCCUUUCCUUGGAGUGUGCUACUUUUUGUCUUCUAUUGUGUAACUUCUUGAGUAUUUGAACCCCAGUUCUGUGCCGCCUUCCUCCUUCCUUCCCUCUGGGAGGACUGAGGCUUCAAGGGAGCUGCCUUGUGCUAGGGCUCCCCUCUUUUCCCCACCCCACCUUCAGAGAUCUAACCCCAUAAGAGGAGGCCUCCCGCAGAAAGAGGCAGUGGGCAGCUCCAUGCUUGGAGGGUUGGCAGCUGAGGCUGGAAUUGCAGCAUGAAGGUUGGGAGGAAUAAACCAUGUAUAUAAAAGACGUCUUGGACCAAA